CCCGGUGCACUUAGACUCGGAAGAGGGUGGCGGGCAACACUCAUCGAUACCAAUUCCUUAUCAGCAGAGACUCGCCUUAACUUAUCCUUGCUAAAAUAUGUGGAUCCCGGCCCCUUGCUCACCACAUUUACUGAGGCAGCGGACGAGAUGGAAUUUCGACGAAUCGCGUGGGCGGCGUGGGCGUGGUGGGUGUUUGUGGCGGCGUGUGCCUGGGCAGAGGGCGGUGAGGAGCUUGACGAGUGUCCCUGCGGGCUGGAGCCAGCCUAUGAAAACGUCCCUGGCGGCGGCGAAGACAGCCUGAUGUGGAACUGUCGUGACCUGCUGCUGCCUGAGGUGCCCACUGCAUGCUGGGCCAUCCACUCCAACGUGACGCAGGUGGAUCUCUUCAACAACCACAUCACCACCAUUCGCAAAGGAGAUUUUGACGCCCUCUGGAACCUUCACUACAUCAACACCUUCAUGGGCUACCUCAGCACAGUAGAGGAGGGUUCGCUGCGGGGACUCACACACCUCGAACACUUGGAUCUCGGCUACAGUUUCUUGAAGGAGGUUCCUGAAGAAGUGAGUUACCUCCCUCAGCUGCAGGUGUUGGCCCUCGAGUACAACUAUAUCACAGAGGUGCGUGUGGAGGUGAUCAAGCCCCUCGUCAACCUCCAGUGGUUCAGCCUUGUUCGUAAUCAUGUCCAGGCAAUACCAGAGCUGGAUUUCCUUCCUCACCUCACUUGGCUAAACCUGGAGGCCAACGAGCUGACCGCCCUGCCAGUGGCGUUGUUCGGGGACCUGCUGUCGCCCUGCAAGCUCUGGAUCAACGAUAAUCCGCUCAGUGACGUGGCCGCCAGGACGCUGCUUCCCCUGCCUGGCGGGAGCGAGAUCCGAACCAAUGCCUCUUUGGCCAUAUGGGCGCGGGACGACGGGGAGAACUCAAAGCUUCUGGAGAAAGAUUGGCGCGUGUACGACAAGGAACUGCAAGACCUCGACCUGAACACCAUGAUCCACAGGUGUGACCAGGAGCCGCACGACCCGGACGACGCCCACCCGUGCCACCUGUGAGGAAUGGGUGGAUCUCCGGGCCUCGCAGCGCUCCAACACCUGAGUGCCGCCGCCAAGGAAAGGCUCACCCUCCUCUUCAUACAUGCCUUACCUGCCCUUAACACUUUUACUCUCUUGAUCGCCCUUUGUUGAUAUUUAGAACGCUGGAGAAGAAUUGUUUACAUGGACACAGAAGAGAGAGAGAGAGAGAGAGAGAGAGAGAGAGAGAGAGAGAGAGAGAGAGAGAGAGAGAGAGAGAGAGAGAGAGAAAGGUUGGUUUUGUCUUUUCUUAGCUAGGAAACUAUUUAGGAUAAUGUAUUACAAAAGAAAAAAAUCCAAAAAAUUAUGGAUGAUUAUAGGAAAACUGUGAUUGAAUUCAUCUUGGACUUCAACACUAAUUUAUAAAAGAAUGAGGAACAAACGAUUUACUGUAAUGUGUUUGUUCAUCAAUACUUCAAGAAUCAAUUACACAGUCUGGGAAGUCACCGCUGAAAGGUUAUGGCGUCUCAUUGCUUCCAUUCCUCUCUUCCUCUGAGCGAUUCUUUGUGUGAGUGUUUUAUAACAAGUCUAUGCAAUGAUUAAAGAAGCUUUUGUAGUGGAGAGAAAAUAAAGCGUUCGACGUGA